CCAUCGUCGACCUCGUCCGGUACCAACGAAACGACGGCGACUCCCGCAUCCGCAUCGGCACCCGACAUCGGCAUCGACCACGGUGUCGAAUAAUCGGUAAACAUCCCGGUAACGCCUGCCAGCGUCGCGUCAUCGUCGCGAUCGUCGACGAUCUUUUCUCGCGGGAGUUCUUUAUUUCGCAUCUUCCCAAUUAUCCGUUCAUCGUAGUUACUGCUCGACGAUCGGCUUCCAGUGGCGCGAAACCGUCGGAAGGGAUCAUCGUGGAGCACCGUUCGAAUCCUGGAUUUCCCGUGGACUCUAAAGUGUCGGAUCUGUGUGUGUGCGAGCGUGAGUGCGGUUGAUUUUGGGGGAACGUCGGGAACGAUUCCGGAGAAGCUGCGAGGAUUACCGGGAAGAACGAUCGCGGAAGUUUGCGUCGUUCCAGGCGGCGCGCGGCGAAAGCGCGAUAAGGAUUUAUGAAUGGGAACUCGGCCGAGGGGACAUGAAUGAGACACUGCCGAUCAAACAACCGUCGGCUGGCGUGGAUCGUUCGAGCAGCGGAUGCUUACUUUCGUCGUGAGCCGCUCAUCCGGCCGAUCCGCGGACAUCGAAUCGAACCGAAUCGUUUUGAUACUCCGAUCGAUAGCCGGACUGCCGAGCGUAGCGUCCGUACGCGCGAUAGAGGCGAGGCUGGUUUGAGACCGCUGGCGCACGAAUCGCGCGAUCCUCGUGGAAAAUGCGCCUCGACUGAGCGACGGGAAGCGGUGUGCCGAAUCCAUCGAUAAUGUCCGACAGCUCGGAUCAACUGUCAUCGCCGAACAGCGAUUGCAACAGUCAGAUGGGGGCCGUGCAUCGGAACCCGUCCGUCGCCGGCCAGUACAACGACAACUCGUCGAUGACGGGCCUCCCGUUGGCCCAUCACUCGCAUCCCCAGAAUCUGACGUCCGCUUCGAACGGAAGCCCUCAGUACCCUCAGGAACUGCCCGGCUGCAACACCGCGAACGGGCCCGCGAACGUCGGGAACAUCGCCGGAUUGUCCCUGGGAACCUCCGCCAGCAACUUCACGCCGGAACAGAUCUCCUGCAUGUGCGAAGCGUUGUCGCAGAGCCAGGAUAUCGAGAAACUCACCAGGUUCCUUUGGUCUCUGCCGCCGGGUGAGCUGCUGCGAGGUGGCGAGAGCGUUCUAGUGGCGAGGGCGGCGGUGGCUUUCCACCGAGGAGCUUGCCACGAGCUGUACUCGAUCCUGGAGAGCCACCCGUUCUCGCCGCGCCGACACCAGGAACUCCAGCAGAUGUGGUUCAAGUCGCACUACCGCGAGGCGGAGAAGAUCCGCGGCCGUCCGCUGGGCGCGGUGGACAAGUACCGGCUGCGGAAGAAGUACCCGUUGCCGAAGACGAUCUGGGACGGCGAGGAGACGGUCUACUGCUUCAAGGAGCGCUCGAGGACCGCGCUGAAACAGUUCUACAUGAGGAACAAGUACCCGAACAAGGACGAGAAGAAGAACCUCGCGGAGAAGAUAGGGCUGACGAUGACCCAGGUGUCGAAUUGGUUCAAGAACCGGCGCCAAAGGGACCGAACUCCUCAAACGAGAACGGACAUGCUGCCGCUGAAUUGCCAGAGCGGCGCUGGUAACGCGAUCGGCAGUACCACUAGCAACGGGGGCAGCAUACAGUCCUUGCAGAGCAUCGACUCCGACAGCCCGAACCUGGCCAUGUCGCCGCUGUCGACGAUGGGCAUGUCGCCGGUCGGCGUGAACCCGUGCAGCCCUAUGGGGAUGAGUCCCAUGGGCGCGCAUCAUCACGGAUACGCGGCUCCCGUCACUCCGUCCUCGGUGCACGCGACGCAUCCCCAUAACGGAGGACUCAGCCCCAUGAACGACGUCAAGGCGCUCUGCUACGGCCGCGGCGUCUACGACACCGGCAAGGACGUCGAACAGAGCUCCGUCUACUACUCGAGCCACUCGAGCAUGCACCACCAGUACUACCAGCAACCGCAUCAUCAGAUGAUGUCCACCGCGCAUCAUCACCACCAUCAUCAUCACCACCAGCAGAGUAUGCCGACCGGAUACGAAUUGAUGCUGCCGCCGCCGCAACACUCGAUGUGACCGACGGACUACGAGGCCGAUCGGGGCCACGCCGACGCCGCGAAUCGUCAAAGCGACGACGCGUUCGGCCGCGUUCACGCAUACUGACGCCCCUCGAUCGAUGUUUCCACCCCCGGAUCACUCUUCGCUCAUCGACCGAUCGUGUUUCCCGUGGCUCAAUGAACAUUAAACGAUGACCCGAAGCAGCCCGUCGGGAAACCCCCAAGAAUCUCAACGAUAACGCGAUCCUCGCGAAACGCUCGCGAUUCCGCGCGAUCGGUCGCCGAUUAAAGGCGAGCCGGUUCGCCAAUGACUUCGGAGGAGACUCCGGAAGACUCCGUUUAGCGUCGUCCACUCGAUUCGAAGGUUCCCAAGAACUUUCCGCCAUGCCUGGGAACGACCCGAAUCGACGAACGUGUCGGUUUCCCUUUCGACCAAAGAGAACGCGGCCGGUUUGCGAUCGGAGCCGACGCAAACCCCGAAAACUGUACAUACGGAAUAGAAUACCACGUUCGAAUGCAACUGUGAAAUAUAUUUUUGACUGUGGAAUCGCGCGCGCGCGCGCGCUCGCGCGUCCCCGAACGAUUCGAUCUCGCGUUGCGUGUCCUAAAUAGAAACGAAGGAUC